UGCCUGUUCCUUGCAGGGUGUUUGUGAGGGUCACAGAAAAUGUCCUUGAAGAGCCUGGCAUGUACAAGAUACCCUGAAACUGGUGGCUAUGAUGCCACGGCCUGUGCACCUAGGAAGAGUCGGGAAAGCCCAGUGUCUUGAAAAGCCGAGGCUGGAGCAAAGUUCAAGGAGGAACUCACUUCUCUCCUGCUGAGGACUGACCCUCAAACUAGCCAGGAGAGUGGAAGGACCUACAAGAUCAGUACCUACCCCUCACUUCAUAGGCCAAGAGAGGGACAAUGGUUUACCCAGGGUCACCAAGCAAGCUAGAGGCUGAGCCUGCCAGUCAGGGCUGGGACCCCAGACUUGUGAAUGCCCCAGCCCUCCACAUUCCCUGGUCCACUAUCAAAGAGUUAGUCUAAUUAGGAAGGCACACCCUUGCAGGCCCAGCCUCCUGUGAUCUCUUUGUUCCUCUGUCUCUUCCUGCCCCAACCCCACAGAAACUGAAGUGUGUGGACCCUCCCUAGGAACCGGGGUUCCAGGGAGGACUUGAGGUCACGCUCAAGAUCAUAAAGAGGCUCAGCGUGGACUCCUUCUCAUGACCAAAAUGGAGCCAGAGUUCCCAGAUAAGGGCAAACGUCACCUCAGGCCAGGCUCCACUCUCAGCCACCCCUUCUGCCUGGCAGAGUUCACUUCAUCUCCUCCUGUCAGGAGAGGGGAGGUCACACUGCCAGGGCCUUUGCCUCAUUCUUCUCCAGCUCCUUCUCUAGAGGAAGAGUCAUGGCUAGCCCGAGGCAGUGUGGACCUGGAACAGGCAUAAACUGUGCUACUCUUUGGUGCCCAGUGCCACCUUUCCUAGCCAGGAGCAGAGCAGGAUUAUCACCUUCUGUGUCCCGCAGCUCGCCCGUGUCUUAGUACCCCACCCACCCCUGGAACUCAGGAACCCUAAGGAGGGGCAUAGGGUUGCUUUCCAUUCACGCCUAGGGCAGCACAGGGAACUGUGCCACAGGCCCCAAGACAGGCAGAUGGAGGAUGAAAUACACAGGUCUCAGUCCCUGAGGCCACCUUACAGUGCCCGGCCCCCAACCCUGUGAAGAAGGUCAAGGCAGAGGCGGCAGAGGAGGGAUGGGAGGAUGCCUCGUGUGAGAUGGGGUACAACUGGUGUCCCUUCUGAAGCUGACAUCUGGCCUCAGCUACGACUCUGGCGCCAGCGGGCUCGCAGGGGGCUCACCGGUGACAACCUUUGUCCCGGCUGCCUCCCCACCCCUGCGGGCCCUCUGCUCCAGCUGGCAUGCCUCAAGGGCGCUUCGCGCCUGCUCCUUUGGCCCCUGGCUUGCAAGCAGCGGGGCCAGCACGUGACCCGAGCGCUAAAGGGGGCAGGGGAUGGACGGAUCUUGACCUUGCCAUCUGGCCCCUCUGGAAAAUCAACAAACGUUUGCGCCUCUAACAUCCAGGCCCCUGAGAAUGGUCGCGAGGAAGAUCUGUCUCGGACUGCAGCUGGGGCCUUCGGAUCCAGAGGAAACCAGGGCUAUUCUUCGAGGUUCCAGAGAGGUGGAUCGCAUGGUUCCCCUGCCCGUUGGAGGCCUCAGCUACGUUCAAGGGUGCACCAAAAACCAUCUUCUCAGCAAGACUGUGGGCCGGUGCCUGGAGGCCACAGCACAGAGGGUCCCAGAACGAGAGGCCUUGGUCGACCUCCAUGAAAAUGUCAGGUUGACCUUUGCCCAACUCAAGGAGGAGGUGGACAAAGCUGCUUCUGGCCUCCUGAGCAUUGGUCUCUGCAAGGGUGACCGGCUGGGCAUGUGGGGACCUAACUCCUAUGCAUGGGUGCUCAUACAGUUGGCCACUGCCCAGGCGGGCAUCAUUCUGGUGUCUGUGAACCCAGCCUACCAGGCUACGGAACUGGAGUAUGUCCUCAAGAAGGUGGGCUGCAAGGCCCUUGUGUUCCCCAAGCAAUUCAAGACCCAGCAAUACUACAACAUCCUGAAGCAGAUCUGUCCAGAGGUGGAGAAUGCCCAGCCAGGGGCCUUGAAAAGUCAGAGGCUCCCAGAUCUGACCACAGUCAUCUCAGUGGAUGCCCCUUUGCCGGGAACCCUGCUCCUGGAUGAAGUGCUGGCGGCUGGCAGCACACAGCAACAUCUGGAACAGCUCCAGCACAUCCAGCAGUUCCUGUCCUGCCAUGACCCCAUCAACAUCCAGUUCACCUCGGGAACAACAGGCAGCCCCAAGGGGGCCACCCUCUCCCACUACAACAUUGUCAACAACUCCAGCAUAUUAGGAGAGCGCCUGAAACUGCAUGAGAAGACAGACCCAGCCUCCUGUCUCCAUCACCAGACACCAGAGCAGUUGCGGAUGAUCCUGCCCAGCCCCCUGUACCAUUGCCUGGGUUCUGUGGGAGGCACAAUGAUGUGUCUGAUGUACGGUGCCACCCUCAUCCUGGCCUCUCCCGUCUUCAAUGGCAAAAAGGCACUGGAGGCCAUCAGCAGAGAGAGAGGCUCCUUCCUGUAUGGUACCCCCACGAUGUUCGUGGACAUUCUGAACCAGCCAGACUUCUCCAGUUAUGACAUCUCGACCAUGCGUGGAGGUGUCAUUGCUGGGUCCCCUGCACCUCCAGAGUUGAUCCGAGCCAUCAUCAACAAGAUAAAUAUGAAGGACCUGGUGGUUGCUUAUGGAACCACAGAGAACAGUCCCGUCACAUUCGCGAACUUCCCUGAGGACACUGUGGAGCAGAAGGCAGAAAGCGUGGGCAGAAUUAUGCCUCACACGGAGGCCCGGAUCAUGAACAUGGAGGCGGGGAUGCUGGCAGAGCUGAACACGCCCGGGGAGCUGUGCAUCCGAGGGUACUGCGUCAUGCUGGGCUACUGGGGCGAGCCUCAGAAGACGGAUGAAGCAGUGGAUCAGGACAAGUGGUAUCGGACAGGAGAUAUCGCCACAAUGAACGAACAGGGCUUCUGCAAGAUCGUGGGCCGCUCUAAGGAUAUGAUCAUCCGGGGUGGUGAGAACAUCUACCCCGCAGAGCUCGAGGACUUCUUUCACACGCACCCGAAGGUGCAGGAAGUGCAGGUCGUGGGAGUGAAGGACGAUCGGAUGGGGGAAGAGAUUUGUGCCUGCAUUCGGCUGAAGGACGGGGAGGAGACUACGGCGGAGGAGAUGAAAGCUUUCUGCAAAGGGAAGAUCUCUCACUUCAAGAUUCCGAGGUACAUCGUGUUCGUCACAAACUACCCCCUCACCACUUCAGGAAAGAUCCAGAAAUUCAAACUUCGAGAGCAGAUGGAACGACAUCUAAAUCUGUGAAUAAGGAGGGAGGAAGGGUCUGCCCGGGCCCUCCUCCUGUCCAUCCUCCAUACUCCCCUUGUCUGUCCUUGUGAUUUGGCAUAAAGAGCUUCUGUUUUCUUUG